AUGGCAAGCAUCGAAGUUGGAAAUGACGAACAACUACCGAAAGAGGAUACGGUUAUGCCCAUGAGUAUCGCAGCAAAUAAAGAUGAGGACGUUAAUACAAACCCGACAUCCGUCCCAAAUGAGAAGACGCUCGGAGCUAAACCCAGAAAACCUAGAGCUCCCAAAGUAACAGCAAAGCCGAAAUCGAAACGCAUUCCACUCCGAACGGCAAGGAAGCGUGCUAAUUUUCACUGUGGGAGUUGCAACGAACGGGACAGCAGCAGAAUGGUAAUGUGUGACCAGUGCGAGGUCUGGUACCACUUCUCCUGCGUAGAGGUUACCUCCGGUGUGGCCAAUCAAACCAAUUGGGAGUGCCCGCGAUGCGAGGCUACAAUCAAUCGACGAAAAUCAAUAAGGAAUGAGCAAAAGACUCUAGUUCAGCGCCAAGAGCUCAAACUUAAUCCAGAUCCCGAGGUACAAUCAAUAAGUAGUAGAAAAAGCUCCCGUAGCGAGUCUAUGAAGAUUGCCGAGCUCCGUCUGCAGAAGCUUAAAGAACUUGCGGAACUAAAACAGCAAUACAUUGAGCAAAAAUUUACGAUUCUGGAGGAGGCAGUUAUGGAAGGAAGUGAGGUCGAUGUCGAUAGUAAAAUAGAUAAAAUGUCGGAAAUUGAAGAAUGGAUAGGUAACAUUAACUUGGGCGGAGAAGAUUUUGGAUUACGUGUCGAAGACGACCGAAUUGAAGAAGGAAAACAUAAACAAGGCAAACAAAUUCCAAGCCGAAACAAAAGGGUUUCCGUACCACGUAAUUUCAAUCCGGAAAAGCGUUCGACUCCGUUAGCCAGACCUAAUAUGUUACAACCACUAAUACAACCAACCGACUGUGGAGAUAACGAUAUUUGCCUGCUAAAUAAAAGUCAAUUAGCAGCACGACAAGCGCUAGCGAAGGAUUUACCUGAGUUCGACGGGAGCUCCGAGGACUGGCCCCUUUUUAUUUCGACCUUUAACUCGUCAACUCAGAUGUGCGGGUUCACAAACGAAGAAAAUAUGCUGAGACUCCGCAAAUGUCUCCGAGGCAAGGCAUUUGAGGCCGUUAGGAGCCGUUUGCUUCAUCCAGAUCACGUUACGAGUGUGAUGUCAACACUGAAAAUGGUCUUUGGACGACCCGAAGCAAUUAUCAAUGCGAUGAUAUCCAAAAUAAGAAUACAUGCUCCGCCGAUUCUCGAAAGGAUGGAGUCCAUCGUAAACUUCGCUCUAACGGUGGAAAAUUUGCGUGCUAACAUAGAAGCCUGUGGUGUACCGGAUUUCGCCUACAAUGCUACGCUGCGUUCCGAGUUAGUUAAUAAACUCCCGCCUGCCCUGCAGCUUCAAUGGGCUAGACAUUCUAGAGAAAUCAUGAGCCCUUCAUUGCUACACUUUAGUAGCUGGUUGUACACCGUAGCGGAGGAUGCGAGUACAAUUAUGACGUCCAAUCCUACCAGCAAGGCCCGGCGAGAUAAAAAGGAAAGCUAUCUGCACUAUCAUGAGGAACAAAGUGAUGAAGAACCGUGUCAAAACAAAAUCGUGGAGAGUGCAAGCCUAACUCAUCAAGAAGUAAAACAAAAAUCGUUGGAGCUCUGUCGGAUAUGCUCCGGGCGCUGCAUCGCAGUAUCCAAAUGUGCAACUUUUUUGGCAUUGGACUUCGAAACUAGAUGGGAGUUAGUAAAGGAACGCAGACUGUGUCGCAAGUGUCUAAACAGGCAUAAUGGACCCUGCAGACAACGAAGAAAGUGCGGGACAGGGGGAUGCAACUACUUGCAUCACCACUUGUUGCAUAAUCCUAACAAUCUUGGGACGAGUCCACCCACAACAGAAACUGAAGAACGAAGUUGUAAUACUAAUCAAUUCGGCAAAAACGAAGUAUUGUUCAGAAUCAUUCCAGUUAUUCUCCAAAGUACUACUAAAACGCUGCAUACCUUCGCCUUUAUUGACGAUGGUUCUGAAAUUACUUUAAUGGAGGAUAAAAUCGUCAAGGAACUUGAACUGGAAGGACCAGUACAAAGUUUAUGCCUGAAAUGGACCAGCGGAACAACGCGAACAGAAAACUCGAGGAAGGUGAAUCUGACUAUUUCUGGAGCCGGCGGACAGAUGAAAAAAUAUUCGAUCUCUAACGUUAGAACCGUUAAGUCCCUAGACAUCAGACCUCAAACUCUGAAUAUGUUAGAACUAGGGAAUCGCUUCAAGCAUCUGCAAGACGUCCCGAUAACAUCCUACAAAGAUGCGUGUCCCAGGAUUCUAAUAGGUCUAGAUAACGCCCAACUAGGGAAUCCCUUAAAGAGCAGGGAAGGGAAAUUUGAAGAACCGAUAGCCGUCAAGACACGUCUAGGGUGGGCGGUCUAUGGUAAUUGCUCCAAUGAAUCCAGUACAACUCCGUACAUCAACCACCAUUCCGUUAACCAAUGCUCCUGCGAGAAAAGUUGCGAUCAAGACCUUCACGCGGCCAUGAAAAAUUUCUUCGCCAUUGAAAGCUUGGGACUGAUUAAAUCCACUUCUGCCUUUAUGUCAAGAGAGGACCAAAGGGCAAUUUCCCUACUCGAAACGCACACCCACACUAAGAAUGGUCAUUACGAAACUACACUUUUAUGGAAGUACGACCACUGCCGUCUGCCCGAUAGUAAGCCUAUGGCGCUAAGCCGAUGGGAAUGCUUGGAAAAACGAUUAAGGAAAGAUGCAACUUUGGCUAAGGUACUGAACGAUAAAAUCAACGAUUAUGUUGAGAAAGGUUAUGCACGUCGUUUAUCCACUGAGGAACUAGCAGAGAGGCAUCAGAAAAUUUGGUAUUUGCCAAUUUUUCCAAUCACCAACCCAAACAAACCUGGGAAGACGAGAUUGGUCUGGGAUGCCGCCGCCAAGGCUCACGGAAUUUCGCUUAACUCUCUGUUAUUAAAAGGACCCGACCAAUUAACCUCUCUUUUUGCAGUACUGUUGAAGUUUCGAGAAUACAAGGUUGCGGUGUGCGGAGACAUCCGCGAAAUGUAUCACCAGGUCUUGAUCCGGAAAGAGGACCAAAACUGCCAACGCUUCUUCUGGGGUAGAGACGAGGAUACAAACCUACCAUUCACUUACGUCAUGCAAGUGAUGACAUUUGGAGCAUGCUCGUCCCCAUGUACAGCGCAAUUCAUAAAAAACCGAAACGCAGAGAAGUACAUGCACCAAUAUCCGGCUGCAGCUAAUGUCAUAAUCACCAAUCAUUACGUUGACGAUAUGUUGCUUAGCGUCGAAGGUGAAACGGAGGCAAUCGAAUUGACCAACCAGGUUAGAAUGAUUCACCGUAACGCAGGUUUCGAACUGAGGAACUUUAGAUCAAACAAGACUUCUGUAUCCGCCGCUCUGGAAGGCCGAUCUGAAUCCGUCGAAUCGAGAGAAAUCGACAUGGAUGUGGGGAGAGAAGGAAGCACCGACAAAGUACUUGGAAUGUGGUGGGACACGUCUGCCGAUUGUUUCACGUUUAAGGUGUCGCCAAGAAUGGAUCCUGCAAUCUUAUCCGGCAACCGUAUACCAACAAAGCGUGAAGUUUUGCGAACUCUCAUGCAAAUAUUCGACCCCUUGGGGUUGAUAGGCCACUUUCUAAUGUUCCUCAAAUGUUUGCUUCAGGAAAUUUGGAGAUCGUCGGUUGGAUGGGACGAUCCCAUAGGAGAUAGCGAGUUUCAAAAAUGGAAACGCUGGCUGGAAAUUCUCCCAACCAUGACUGAAGUCAAAAUCCCUCGUUGCUACCGUUCGUUCGUGCCGAUUACCACUCAAACAGACGUACAGCUUCACACUUUCGUUGAUGCUAGCGAGAACGGCAUGGCUGCUGUUGCUUAUUUAAGAUUCGAAAACAACGGAGCAGUGGAAUGCGCAUUGGUGAGCUCUAAAACUCGAGUCUCGCCUCUUAAAUUUCUUUCAAUACCUCGGUCUGAACUGCAGGCAAGCGUGAUAGGAGCUAGACUCUCAAACGCUAUUAUAGGUUCAUCUUCAAUCAAAGUGAAUAAGCGAUAUUUCUGGACAGACUCUAAAACAGUACUGUGUUGGCUAUCGUCAGACCAUCGGAAAUAUAGCCAAUAUGUUUCGCAUCGAGUUAGCGACAUCUUAGAGUCCACCGAGCUGUCUGAAUGGUGUUGGAUUCCGUCCAAAUUAAAUGUAGCUGACGAUGGCACUAAAUGGAAAGUUUACCCGGAUUUCAAUAGCAGCAGUAGGUGGUUUCGAGGCCCAGAGUUGUUAUCACGUCCGACAGCUGAAUGGCCCCUGCCGGAAAAAGCUUUCUUAUCGACGGAUAUUGAACUGCGACCUCUUGUCCUCCAUCAUCACGUUUUAUCAUCUGCCCUUAUUCCCGUGGAAAAUUUUUCAUCCUGGACUGUACUUCUUCGAAAAACGGCUUACGCUCUUCGAUAUAUUUAUAACCUGCAACGAACUGCAAAACAACGACCAAUUCUUGUCGGGCCACUUGCUCGCGAAGACUUACUCAAGGGGGAGCAGUAUCUAUUUCGAUUGGCCCAAAGUUCAGCAUACUCAGCGGAAGUCGAGCUUCUCAUCAAUCAAAAAUCCCAUGGCUGGAAAAGUUGCAUUCCACGGAAAAGCCCACUGUUCAAGCUUUGUGCCUUCGUAGACGAAGAUAAGGUGUUAAGAAUUCGUGGCCGUAUAUCUUUAUGUGAGUUUGCUCAGCCAGACACGAAAAAUCCUAUUAUUCUUCCGCGCAAACAUCACAUUACUCGGCUAAUCGUUUUAAAUAUUCAUUCUGUAUAUCAUCAUCAAAACCACGAAACCGCGAUAAACGAAAUCCGCCAGCGUUAUUACAUUUCGGGCCUACGAUCAUUAUAUAAAAAUAUUCGAAAAGACUGUCAGGUGUGUAAAAACCAGCGCGCGAAACCACAGGCUCCUUUGAUGAGCGAACUACCACUCGGUCGACUAUCGGCGUACACGCGCCCUUUUUCCUAUAUGGGCAUCGACUACUUCGGACCUAUGCUAGUGGUCAAUGGUCGUAAACAAGAGAAAAGGUGGGGCGUGUUAGCCACCUGCCUCACUAUAAGGGCUGUACAUUUACAAGUGGUACAUUCGUUAACGACAAGUUCGUGUAUAAUGGCCAUACGCAACAUCAUGAGUAGAAGAGGAAUUCCUAUUUGCAUCUAUAGUGAUCGAGGCACAAACUUCAUUGGAGCGGAUAGGGAACUUAAAUCAGUUCUCAAAGACGUAAAUCAGAACAGAUUAAUGGAAGAAUUUACUUCGCCAGAUACACAAUGGAGCUUUAACCCACCGGCGUCCCCUCACAUGGGAGGGGCAUGGGAAAGACUCAUCCGUUCAGUAAAACAGAACAUGGCUAAACUGAACCCUAACCAUCGUCCAAACGAUGAAAUUCUUGAGAAUAUGUUGGUAGAGAUUGAGAAUAUAGUUAACUCGCGACCACUUACACAUGUGCCUAUUGAAGACAGCACUUCUUUGGUGUUAACCCCUAAUCACUUUCUAGUGGGUUCGUCUAACGGUUUGAAACCAUGGGUUCCUUUCGAUGAUAGUUCCACUGCAGUCCGUAGAUCGUGGCAGCUGUCACAGAUGAUGGCAAACGUAUUCUGGAGACAUUGGGUCCACGAUUACCUUCCAACUUUGACCCGAAGAUCAAAAUGGUUCGAGGAUACCAAGCCUAUUGAAGUCGAUGAUAUUGCAAUCAUCGUAGACCCAAAUCUACCGCGCAAUUGUUGGCCAAAAGGACGCAUUAUCGCAACAAACGUUUCACCUGACGGCCGCCGAAGAUGGGCAACCAUACAAACAUCAACUGGGGUUUAUAAUCGCCCAGUAGCGAAGCUUGCAAUCUUGGACAUCGGCGUUAGAGAAGCAGCGACACCAGUUGGGAACUCGUGCACUCCGGGGGGGACUGUUACUCGCACCGAGCCAACAUUGAACCCAUCGCUCCCCUAUCAACUACGAAACGAAGUGAAAACAAGUUCGCCUACAGCAACACCCCUGACAGGUACAGCAACGGAACGUCAGUAA